UGGUCUUUAACCUUUGUACUUCUUCGAUGCUGAAAGUUUAAAUGCUUACACUUCAACUCUACUAGAGCUCUAGUAUAGACAUUCUUAGAUACUUUGUAGAUCUAUAUAUCCGUUAGAUCAUCUAUAUCUAGAUUUUGUAGCUGUACAUUAUUUUUAGUUCUAGUCCUAGAUCUCCCGAGGAGUCUAUACACUAUCAAACAGGUCUAGUCUAAGUCUAGAUGGCGUCAUUUGCAAGACAGAUUGCACGUGUACGACCAUUAAUUAAAUUUAAUGGAGACCAUGCAGUCAGAGCAGCUAGUACAACAACAGAGUCAGGUGGUUUCUCACUUCAGCUUUCUCCUGAGCAACUGGAAUUUAAAACAACAGCUCGAAAAUUUGCUAGAGAGGAAAUUCUACCAAAGGCAGCAGAAUAUGACAGAACAGGAGAAUAUCCUUGGGAUCUGAUAAAGAAAGCCUGGUCUCUUGGCUUGAUGAACACACACAUUCCAACACAUUGUGGUGGUUUAAACUUGGGCCUGUUAGAAUGUGUCACCAUCACUGAAGAGUUAGCAUAUGGGUGUACUGGUGUACAGACAGCCAUUGAAGCUAAUUCACUUGGACAAAUGCCUGUUAUCCUAGCUGGCAAUGAGGCUCAGCAGAAAAAGUAUCUGGGUCGACUGAUUGAAGAACCCCUGAUGAGUGCCUACUGUGUUACUGAGCCCACUGCUGGGUCAGAUGUGGCUGGUAUCAGGACAAGGGCAGAGAAAAAAGGUGACCAAUAUGUUAUCAAUGGUCAGAAAAUGUGGAUAACCAAUGGAUCAGUGGCUAAUUGGUACUUUUUGCUAGCCAUGACUAGUUCAGACCCAGGAACACCUGCUGGGAAAGCCUUCACAGGUUUCAUUGUUGAUGCCAAUACACCUGGUAUCACAGUAGGUAGAAAGGAGAAAAAUAUGGGUCAGAGAUGUUCUGAUACUAGAGGCAUCACUUUUGAAGACGUUGUUGUCCCUAAAGAGAAUGUCUUGCUAGGUGAAGGAGCUGGAUUUAAAAUAGCCAUGGGUGCCUUUGAUAAAACAAGACCUCCAGUAGCAGCUGGAGCUGUAGGUCUGGCUCAACGAGCAUUGGAUGAGGCUAAAAAUUAUUCCAUGCAGAGAAAGACUAUGGGAAAAUUAAUUUGUGAGCACCAAGCUGUGGCCUUCAUGUUGGCUGAUAUGGCUAUAGGUGUUGAAGCUGCCAGGUUAUUAGUCCAGAGGUCAGCCUGGGAGACUGACCAAGGUCGUCGCAACACCUAUUUCGCUUCCAUUGCCAAGGCCUAUGCAGCUGACGUGGCUAAUAAGUGUGCGGCUGAUGCAGUACAGAUAUUUGGAGGCAAUGGUUUCAACACUGACUACCCAGUAGAGAAGUUGAUGAGAGAUGCAAAGAUUUACAUGAUUUACGAAGGAACUUCUCAGAUACAGAGGUUGAUUAUUUCCAGAGAAUUAUUGACUCAAACUAAGGAGGAAAAGAAGUGAAAUGUGUAAGCCUUAAAUUGUAUACUCUGAUCAAAUGAUAUCACAUUGUUAUUAAGGGGUACUUGCUAGGAACAGACCACUUAAACUUCCAAACUGACUUAAGAAUUAAAUCAUUUUUAUUUUAAUUUGACGAUGCCCUUGAUUUUUAGGCAUUUUUUUUUUUACGUAGACCAUCUUGAAAGGUUAAAAUGACUCAGGUAAUUAGCAUUUUUUCAUCCCUUUAUGAAUUAGUUAAUUUACAUUUUUGAAUAUGAAGGAAGAGUGUCACAAUGACUAUUAGAGGACAUCAUUUUUUAAAAUCAUUUAGAGAAUUGAGCUAUCAUGAUUAGGUGCAUUUAUGUUGUUGUUAAUAGGAAAAUGGUGCUUAUAACUGUAGUGUCAAAUAUUUCAUGAAAAUGUAUUUUAGUUUUUACCAAACAAUUCCUUUGUAAAUGAUAAAGACAUACUAUCUUUGCUGCUUAGAAAGUUGGAUCUAUCUUUGCUGCUUAGAAAGUUGGAUCUAUCUUUGCUGCUUAGAAAGUUGGAUCAAGUUCCUUUAUUAGUACAAAAACUUAGUUUAAAGUAUAAAACUACAUUAGCCAAGAUGCUUGCAUUGUUCCAAAAUAAAGUAGUAAAUGAUAUAAUGUCUCUCCUCCUCCUUUGUAUGUGUGCACAUAAGACAUGAAUUCUACACGUUUAAAAUAUCAAAUAAUAAUUUGAUUUGAAUAAAAUCUUAUGACUAAACCAAUAAAGUAGGUCAUGUUUUUGUCUAAACUAAAAAGUGUGAAGCAUUUAGCAAGAGUACCGGUACUAUAAAGAUUUUGCUAGUCUAAAUAUUUAAAUUAUAUACAAAGCAUAUUUAAUUUAUAAUGUUAAGUUUACUUUCAAGUUUCCUUUAGGACAGAAUUGACAAAACAUCAGGACUGUUAGAAUUUUAAGCUACCACCUUAUGCCUGUGUUAAGAUUUUGCUAGUCUAAAUAUUUAAAUUAUAUACAAAACAUAUUUAAUUUAUAAUGGUAUAAUGUUAAGUUUACUUUCAAGUUUCCUUUAGGACAGAAUUGACAAAACAUCAGGACUGUUAGAAUUUUAAACUACCACCUUAUGCCUGUGUUAGGAUGUUUGUAUCCUAAGCAACCUUGUAUUUUGUUGUUUUUUUGUGCCAUUAUCAACUAAGCUUUUACAGCCUGAGUAGGCUUAUGCAUUAAUGCAGGGGUGACCAACCUUUUGGUUCCAUGUGCCAUAGGUCGGCCACCCUUGUAUUAAUGUCUAAGUAAUUGUUAAUAAUGAAACUCUUCCUACUGCCUUAUUUGGUGACAAAAUACUUCAUUUUUUUAAAUGAAAUCUUGUAAUGACUAAAAUUUAAGAAACUGUUAACCUAUUGAUGAAUUCUCAUGUGAUUUGAUGUUGUUGCUAUUUUACACAUACUUAUGUGAUAUUUAUGACAAUAAAACCAGCUUUUUUUUUCAAGGUAAGACAGAUUUCCAAUAUCAUUGGUUUGAAUUGGUUUUUUAUUGUAAUAAAAUAUUGGAAAGAUU